AUGGCGAAAGUCUACAACCUUGAAGGUUCCCCAUCUGAUCAUAGUCCUCUUCUACUAAUUCCAGAACAGCAGACAAGAGGAAAUAAAAAACGCCAUUUUCGCUUCGAAAACGCAUGGCUUACUGAACCCAUGUGUUUCCAGAUUAUUAAGGAUGGUUGGGCAGAAGAAAACAAUGGUGACGUCAUGCAGAAGAUCAAAUAUUGUGCUGAUAAUUUGGAGGUUUGGGGUCGUGAGAUUACGGGCUGUUUCAGUAAAAGAAUUAAGGAAUGUAAAAAAACUCUGAGUUUGCUGAGAGGUAAACGAGAUGCUCACUCAAUCACAGCUUAUAAUGAUGCAAAAAAUCAGCUGCAUUUGGUGUUAGACCAGAAGGAAAUUUUCUGGAAACAAAGGUCCAAGCAAAUGUGGUUACAAGCAGGUAACAAGAACACUAAAUAUUUUCAUGCUUCGUGUAGCAGGAGAAAACGCAAUAAUCACAUCCAAAGGCUGAAAAAUGAGCAUGGGACUUGGGUUGACUGGCAAAAUGGAUUAUCAGAGUUAAUUAAAAAUUACUUUCAGCUAUUAUUCACAGCGAACCAAACGCAUACAGAAGAGGUAUUAAGCUGCAUCACUAGGUCUAUUUCUGAUCAACAGAACAGAGACUUACUUGUACCUGUCACAGAAGAGGAAGUUAAAGUAGCAGCUUUCAACAUGCACCCUGACAAAGCCCCGGGGCCAGAUGGCAUGACCCCGGCUUUCUUUCAGAAGAAUUGGCUACUUGUGGGAAAUGAUGUAGUAAAUGUGACAAGACAAUUUUUUGAGACCGGAGUUUUGCCGAAUCAUAUGAAUGACACCAAUAUCGUGCUUAUCCCCAAAAAGAAACAUCCGACCUUGCUCACAGAGCUUCGCCCCAUUGCCUUAUGUAAUGUGCUUAUGAGAAUAGUUACCAAGGUGAUUGCUAAUCGACUGAAAAAGGUGUUGGAUUCUGUUAUCUCGGAUACACAAAGUGCAUUCUUGCCAGGGCGCUUAAUUUCUGAUAACAUCAUGGUUUCUUUCGAAAUCAUGCAUUAUUUGAAGCGCAAGAAAUUUGGGAAAGACGGUUUCAUGGCUCUUAAACUAGAUAUGUCAAAGGCGUAUGAUCGUAUAGAGUGGAAGUUUCUGAGUGAUAUUUUAUCUGCUAUGGGUUUCAGUGACAGAUGGACUCAUUUAAUUCUCCGGUGCGUAUCCACAGUAGAGUAUAAUAUCAUUCAUGGUGAUUUCGAAAUGGGUCCAAUUAUUCCAAGUAGGGGACUGCGACAAGGGGAUCCGUUGUCCCCCUAUCUCUUUAUCAUUUGUGCAGAAGGCUUAACAGCAUUAAUCAAGCAUUAUGAGACGAGCAAGUGGAUCCAAGGUGUGAAAAUAUGCAAGCGAGCUCCUGUAAUCAGUCACAUGCUUUUCGCGGAUGACAGCUAUCUUUUCUGUAAAGCUGAGUUGAAUGAAGCAAGCAAAAUAAAAGAACUUCUGUCAACAUAUGAAAAAGCUUCAGGUCAGCAGAUUAAUACCAACAAGUCAACAGUUUUCUUCAGUGCCAAUGUAAUCGGGUAUAACAAAGAGCUAGUCUGUCGGGAGCUGCAAAUCAAAGAAGCUGAUGAGUCCUCCAAAUAUUUGGGAUUACCUAAUAUGCUGGGAAGAAACAAGUCUGCUGUUUUCGGGUAUCUUAAGAACAAGGUGUUGAAUAGCAUUCAGAAUUGGAAUGAAAAGAAUAUGUCGAGACCUGCAAAAGAAAUUUUGAUUAAGAUGGUGGCACAGGUCCUUCCCUCAUACGCAAUGAAUGUUUUUCUCCUUCCAUUAGAGCUCACACGAGAUAUUGAGAAGAGUAUGGCAAAGUUUUUCUGGAGUUCUUCGAAUCAACAAAGCUCAAAAAUUAACUGGAUGUCAUGGGAUAGAAUGGCGAGACACAAGCAGGCUGGUGGUUUGGGGUUUCGAUAUCUUCGUGAUUUCAAUUUAGCAAUGCUUGGGAAGCAAUGUUGGCGUCUUGUAACAAAUCCAGAAAGCUUGGUGGCCCGAGUGUAUAAAGCUAAAUAUUAUCCUGCCAAUGGUUUCAUGGAAGCUAAAUUGGGUGGUAGCCCCAGUUUUAUUUGGCGAAGCAUUCUUGAAGCUAGGAAAGUAAUCUCAGACGGAGCUGCUUGGAGAAUAGGCAAUGGAAAGGACAUUCAGAUUUUAAAUCAGCCUUGGUUAAACAGUAAAGAGAAUCCAUAUGUCACAACUGUCUCCCCAGUCCUGGUAACUCAAACAGUUGACUCUCUCUUUUGCAUUGGAACGACAGAAUGGGACACAGAUAUCAUUGAAGAUGUGUUUGAUGGCAGAGAUCAGUGUAUCAUCUUGAACACCAGAAUUGAGCAAGACUUAGAAGCUGAUGUUCUAAGUUGGAAACUAGAGCACACAGGGCAGUAUACAGUCAAGAGUGCGUACAAAUUGUUACAAUCACAGAAAGGAGAAUGGAACUCAGAUGUUCAUGAUAAGUUAUGGAAGGAGGUGUGGAAGAUUAAAGCCCCUCCCCAGGUGGUGAACUUGAUUUGGCGAGCUGGUACGUAUUGCUUACCUACAUUGGUUCAAUUGCAAUCAAAACGUGUAAAUAUCAGUAGUAAGUGUCCUGUUUGCAAUGAUGGAAUUGAGACAAUUUUUCAUGCUUUAGUUCAGUGUAAAGUAGCUACUGCAUGUUGGAAGAUUUUUGAUCCAGGGAUUAACACAGAGGAAACUAUGGAAUUUCCAAACUGGCUAGAUCUGAAUUUACAUGGAAAAUCGAAGGAAUAUAAAGCAAAGACCAUCUCACUCUGUUGGUCGAUUUGGAGGGCAAGAAACGAUUUUGUCUGGAACGAUAAGCGAGGGCCAGUGAUGAGGAUUGUUGCAAAGGCUUGGGAAUAUCUUUCACAGUGGGUAAAUGCUCAGAGUAGAAAUUUUGGCGCAUCUCUAACACCUUCAAUCGCAGGUGAUGGUGCGGUUUGCUGGGUAAAGCCACACUUAAAUGAAGUAAAGAUUACAGUUGAUGCAGCGAUUUUUGAGAGCCAUGGAAUUUCAGGCAUGGGUCUUAUUGCCAGAAAUCACAAUGGUCACUUACUCUUCGCCAAGUCAAAAACCGAAGCAGAGGUACUGAAUCCAACGUUAGCAGAGGCAAUGGCCAUUAAAGAGGCGUUAAGCUGGGCUAAAGAUAUGGAGUGGUAUGCAGCUAUAGUGGAGUCGGACUGUCAGGUAGCAAUUCAAUUUAUACGGAGCUCAGUCCCCAUGAGAUCUCGGCUAGGUAAAGUGGUAGAAGAUUGUAGGGAGUUUCUUCGAAAUUAUAACAACGUUAAGUUGUAUUUUAUCAAACGGUCUGCGAAUAUGUCGGCACACGAGUUAGCACAUGUGUCUCAUAUGUAUCCUGAUCGUACCUUUGACUGGAGGUCUGUUCCAGCCAGAGUGAAGCAUUGUAUCGAGCAAGAAGCUUGA